GAUUUUAUUUUUGUUUUAAGUUGUGCUGUUAUGCUGUUUCUUGCUGUCUUCAAACGCAGGUUAUCUCUUCAUCACUGCUUGCUCUAGCCACAUUAAUUGAUGUCUUAGUGAGUGUUCGGACUGAAAGAUCAGGGACUGGGAAAGGCAGUGGUGAAACAAAGCAUGCUUCCAAGUCUAGGGAAACUGCUAUUUCAUUUGCUGAAAAGUUGUUCACCGAGCAUAAAUACUUUGUACACCUGUUGCAGUCCAAAAGUACCAUUGUCCGAUCUGCUACCUUUUCAGUCUUAAAGAGCCUUGUGAAAAACAUUCCUCAUGCUUUUAAGGAACAGAGCAUGAAAACUAUUUCCGGUUCUAUCCUUGGUGCUUUUCAGGAGAAAGACCCUUCUUGCCAUUCAUCAAUGUGGGAUGCAGUAUUACUUUUUUCUAAAAGGCUGCCCAACUGUUGGACAUAUGUGAAUGUCCAGAAAACUGUACUGAAUAGAUUUUGGAAUUUUCUUAGAAAUGGGUGCUUUGGAUCCCAACUGAUUUCCUACCCAGCUUUGAUUUUAUUUUUGGACACAGUUCCACCUAGUGCUGUGGGAGAGCAGAAAUUUCUCCUCAACUUUUUCGAGAAUUUAUGGGUUGGAAGGAACCCAUUUCUUCUGGCAGAUAUGGAAGAUUGGCUUUUGUUGGUGAUAUCUUGUUAUCCCUUUAGUAGUUCCAUGGGAGGCUUACACACGUUGAAGCCGGACAGAAAUAUAAGCACUGAGGAGAGCAGUCUUUUAUUGGAAAUAUUUCGAAAACAGAGAAAUAUAUCUGGUAGAUCAUCUACAGUUAAUCAUGCACCGCGGGUACAAAUGUUAUUGUCCGAGCUUAUGGUUGUUUCUGUCGGCUACUGCUGGAAGCAAUUCAAUGACGAAGAUUGGGAGUUUUUGUUGUGUCAGUUAAUGAGUUGGAUCCAACCAGCCGUUGUAGUAAUGGAGGAAAUUGCUGAAAGCGUGAAUGGUAUUAUCGUCAAUAGCUCUACUUCAAUGAAUGCAAAUGAAAUUUUAGAAAAGCUUGAGCAAAGUGUUAAGAUUUCAGACCCAAUCCCGUUUUGCAUUUCGAGAAAUGCCCUUUUGUCAUUUUCUUUGUUUUAUGGUUCCUUUGGGCUACAAGGACUGAAAGAUAUGGAAACUUUAAACCCUCAGCGAUUAGAUAAAUUGAACCAUGUCAAUGAUCGCAUUGUUGAAGGAAUUCUUCGCAUGUUCUUUUGCACUGGAAUUUCUGAGGCCAUUGUAUGCUCCUACGGUGAUAAAGCUACAACCAUUAUAGCAUCCUCAAGAAUUGAACUUCCUCAUUUCUGGGACUUGAUAGCUUCAAGUGUUACUAAAUCCUCAAAAGAUGCUAGAGAGAGAGCAGUAAAAUCAAUUGAAUUUUGGGGACUCAGUAAAGGCCCUGUUAGUUCUUUAUAUGGCAUUCUUUUUUCCACCAAACCGGUUCCUUCAUUGCAAUAUGCAGCCUAUUUUAUGCUCUCAACUGAACCAAUUUCUUACUCUGCAAUUAUUAGAGAAAAUACUUCAUGCUACCUGGAUUAUGAUACCACGACUGAACAGGGCUCUACUCAAGUUGAUUUUUCAUCAGAAUAUAAUGUGCUUUUGAAGGAAGAAAUUGUAUUUAUGAUUGAGAAACUCCCUGAUGAUGUUUUUGACAUGGAGUUGAUGGCCCAAGAAAGGGUGAAUAUAUUUCUUGCUUGGUCUUUGUUGCUGUCACACUUAUGGUCAUUGCCCCCAUCCUCAUCUGCAAGGGAAAGAUUGGUUCAAUAUAUCCAGAAUUCUGCUAGUUCAAGGAUAUUAGAUUGCCUUUUCCAGCAUAUACCUGUUGAAGGCAUGGCUCUUCAGAAGAAGAAAGAUACAGAACUUCCAGCUGGGCUAUCAGAAGCUGCAACUGCAGCAAACCAAGCCAUUACCACAGGUUCAUUAUUGUUUUUGGUGGAAUUUCUUUGGCCCGUUGAACCAGUGAAACUGGCAUCAUAUGCUGGAGCAAUAUAUGGCUUGAUGCUCCGUGUUCUUCCUGCUUAUGUUCGAGGGUGGUUUUGUGAUUUGCGUGACCGU